UGAGUUUCCAGAUCUCUCCGGGUGUGUUUGUAAGCUGUUGUCAUGUGAUACGCUGUAUCAGGAUUAUUCCAUUAUCUCGUCUGUACGGUCAUCUUCAUCAACACAAAAGCAGGUGUGUGCAAGACGCUUGUCCCUUCAGAAACCACUACCUUUGUGAGUGUCGAGAAAGAGAAGAGGCGGGUUCAACAAGGUUAAAGUGGCGAGUGGCAUGAGAACUGAACAUGGACUCUGUCUGAAGCGCUUGAAGGGAAUUUAUCGGACUCAAUCCUGCUGAUUUUACAGACGCGUGAUGCUGUGCUUUCUGCUGACGCUCCACUGGAUGACGGUCACUGUAGCGCUGCAGUCAUCCAAGGAAGAUGGCAAAAGGCCGUAUAUUUACCGCUGCCGCUCGCCCAACAUGGAGAUCUUCACCUGCUGGUGGCGUCCGAUCGCUAAUCAGGACAACGUCACCUACACGUUCCUGUACACCACGGGUGAGCGCGCUCCUCGGGAGUGUCCCGAUUACGUGAGCGGCGGCAUCAACAGCUGCUUCUUCGAUGCCAAACACACUCAGGUCUGGGAGAUGUACUGCAUGAACGUGACCGCACACACGCGCACGGGGCUCAUCACCUCUCAGAAACACUGCCUGGACGUGGUCGAUAUAGUGGAGACCGACCCCCCCUGUAACCUGACGUACAUCAUGCUGAACGAGAGCAUCGGUGAAGUCGGCCGCAGUGUUUUAGUGUCCUGGUUGCAUCCGGUUGAGUCUCUAGUGCAUGAGGCAUUGAUCAUGAUCUACGAGCUGCGCUACAGAAACCUCGCUCACACAGACAGCUGGAGGGUAAUGGAGCGUUUGCGCGAGCCUCGUGUGGAGUUUUUGGAUCUGCCGGUGGGAACGUAUGAGUUCAGUGUGCGCUGCCGCUCCACCAGCAACAAACACUGGAGUGCAUGGAGCGAGUCCAUCAUCGUCACCAUCAACGGCAGAGCUCUGUCCGAUCGGAUGUUGGCCUUGAUCCUUGUGACCAGCAUCGCCAUCAUGAUCUUCCUCUUCAUCAGUUUGGGGAACAUCCCACGAGGCAAGAGGAUUAAAUCGCUCCUCCUGCCAGCGAUUCCCAAACCGCGCAUCCCAGGGCUUGAACCCGCUCUGCUGAAGAAGGGGAAGAUUGACGAGAUCAAUCAGCAUUUCUCCAGUUUUCACGGCUAUAAGUCGCCGCAGUACUGCACGGAUACGUGGUACCAGGUGAGCGUGGACACGAGUCCGGCUGUGACGCCUGACGGUAUACAGGAGGAUGCACCGAUCGGGCCAAUCACGCAGUACGUCACCUGCCCCGACGGACAACAGUCUGUUCAGAUCAGCUGCACUCCUGCGCCUUACUGUCAUGGCCCCGCCCCCUACGGUGAGGGAGACACGCCCCCUCCAGACCCUGGCCCCGCCCACCCGGAGCUCGCCUCUGUCCCAGGCAUGGACUACAGCAUGAUUCUAAGCCCCGCCCCCGCGGCACCGCCCACUCAGGACUUCUACACGUGUGUGAACAGCGUGACGCCCACCAGCGCGCUGCAUCUGGUGCCCUACCUGCAGCUCAACGAGGGAGCGGAUGACGAAGCAGACAAGAGCAGCCAGCUGGCAGCGCUGCUGGAGAAGCAGAUGGAGGCGCUGUUGAGCACGAUCGAGUCGGACCCGAGCGAAGCUGGCAUGCCUUCACUACUACAUUCUUCAGACAGGAGCUGCAGAAGCAUCUAAUAACACACACACACACACACACAGAAUAACACAGUCCAUGAGUCACGCAGUCUGUGCUGGUUUGUCUUGAUGGGAAACGUGCCUGGAGUUUCAGUUCAAGCUGAGCGCAUUCGCAUGCAGAACGCCUGAUUCACAGCGCAAGUGUCAGCAGCGCAUCAUUUUUCACUGCGCAUGUUAAGAAACGUGGUUGUUCACAUUGAAGCGUGAGCAUUGCAUUAGCAGCAGUGUAGCGGGUGUUUUAACGCCAAGUCUAGUUUCGCAGAGCUGCUACUGCUCAAUUUAAGUGACAACGCACUAAUAUGGACUAAAUGAACAUAUUUUAAUCGAAUUCAUUGAAUUUAGUUUGCAAAGAUGUGUAGAUUUGAUAUGAAUUAUAGAAAGUCAUGUAAAUGAUUUAGCUACCAGUCAGGUGAAUUUUUCCUCCUCAUGUAAAUAAGAUUUUUCAAAGACAAUUAAUGACCAUUUUAGGUCAUACUUAAAUUAUACAGUCACCGUAGUUACCUAUAAAUCCCUGCAUAGAUGAAAAGACGCUUUCAGUGUGAAUUC